UUCGCUACCUCCUGGCUAUGCUUUCGCCUGCGUGCGCUGAUGCGGCCCGUAUGAGCAGAAAAGAACAAGCUUCCCCUUCGCUUUGUGCUGCUCAACUAACUUGACCAAACUAGAACGAUCUGUUCAUCAAUCUAAUCCACGGCAGAAAAAGAAGCCCAAAUUACGAACAAGACAAGGCCUGAUGUCUUUUACCAUUUUCGUUAAAUCCGUGCUUUUAGGCACCCAAUUAACGCAAAAAUUUUUCUGGGUUUUGAAGUCUCGUGAUCUGAUUUUUCUUACAAAUUUCUUGGAGGACGAACAACACGUGCCCAUUUGUUGUUGUAUUUGUAAUAGAAAUUUGUAAGGCCAUGUCGUUUGUUGAUUGGAUUGGAAUCGCAGUUCGUGAGAAGGGGUUGUGUUAUAAACCUUUCCCUUUUCUGGUUGGGUUUGAUGUGUUUUGAAUCUUGUUUUGAUAUGUUUGACUUCCGGCUCCGAGAUGUGGGAAUGUUUUUAUCUGACACCCACUUAUUUAACAGAAAGGAACUAAUAAUUUGAUUUAAUUUUGGCGACUGUGAGCUUUUGAUUUUCGUGUUUAUUGCGUGGAAUGUGGAUAGGGAGAAAGGUAAGAAUAUUUCUUAUUUCUAUUUUCUUUCAGCGAUUUUUUAAUGAUGUGAAUUUUAAGGGGCCUAGGGUUCGCUUUUCGCCCUUCACUCUUCUAUCAUUCCCCAAAUUUCUUCCUCUUUCGUAUGAAUUUUUCGUCGAUUUUUCUUCAUCUCAUUGCGCUAGAUGCUCAAAUUCCCUUCAUCCUUCCCAUUCGCUUUCUGGGUUUUCCGGUUUCUGUCGUCUGAGGCGCUGAAUUCCCUCUCGCUUCUUCUGCUGGUGACUGGUUCGUUUAAUUUUAAGGUUUUCUCUUAUGGGUUUUGCUUUGGAGCUUCGGUUUUGAUGUUUUUGUUUUUGUUUUUUUUAAUGAAUCCUUGACAGCAGCUCGAUAUAUGCUUUGUUCUUGCUGUUCAUAAGGUUUGAGUUCUAGAUAAGUCCUGCAUUCAGUUUUGCUGAAAUUAUAUGCUGAAGUGAGUGAUUUCUUAGGGUUUAAUUGUUGGUCCGGUGAGAAUUAAACGUUCCAGACGUCUUUGAUUUUGAUCUUAAAGCCGUCCUUGAGAGGCUUUAAGAUGAUGGCAUUGUUUCAACCUCAAAAUGAAAAUUCAGGUUCUGUAAUUCUAUGUCAUGGCCUAUUGGUAUUGGUCUCUGAGAUUGUUAGCUGAUGACAGAGCGUUGGGGCUCUGUUUUGGCGAAUGGUUGUGUUCUAACCGUUCCACAAGCAAGUUGAAAGAUCUCAUUGCUUGAGGAAGUUUGCUUAAUGCAAUUAUCUCCCGGUUCUUCUUGUAAACGAUGCUUCAUUCCGUAAUAGCUGCUAGACAAACUUGUAGCCUACUUGCUGUCACUUGCGGAAGUGUUCUUAAAGCGAAAUGCGAGGAGGAUGUCAAUGAGGAUAAGUUGAAAUAUCCGUUUCCGGGAUUAGUUUCUUCUGGACGAUUGGAGGUUCGAGCUUUGACAAAUCCAAGCACGGAUGAAUUUAGUAGAAUUGUGGAAUCGUGUCUACCGAGCUUUGUCUACUUGCAAGGGGAACAACUAGGAAAUGAUGAAAUUGGGUCUUUGGUUUGGAAUGGUGUUGAUUUGUUUCUUGAAGAUUUAUGUGGGCUGUUCAAUACUGCACUACCAACUGUUGUGUAUUUAGAAAUCCCAAAUGGAGGCAGAAUAGCGGAGGCGCUUCAUUCUAAGGGAAUUCCUUAUGUCAUGUAUUGGAACAGCACAUUUUCGUGUUAUGCUGCAGCUCAUUUUCGUAAUGCAUUGUUUUCAGUGUUGCAGAGUUCAUCUACUCAUACAUGGGAUGCUUUUCAGCUUGCACGUGCUGCUUUUAGGCUUCAUUGCAUGGGGAGCAAUCAUGCUCUGCCUGGGAUUGUUGACAUUAUUACGAGUGAUUUAGAGCCACAGGUUAUUGGGGAACCCCUAAAGAUUAAUGUAGAACCCCCCAAGGUCGACGUAGGUGAAGGUGAAGAUGAAGAUGGUUCAUUAGAAACCCUCACUGCCAUAAGUAUUCACGAUAAUAGUGUGACCGUGAGAUUUCUCAUCUGUGGAGUGGCUUGCACGCCGGAUGCAUGCUUAUUGAGAUCAUUGGAGGAUGGCCUUAAUGCUCUUUUGAACAUUGAAAUACGUGGGUGUAAACUUCAGGGAAAGUUCAGUGCUCCUCCGCCACCUCUUCAGGCGGGAUCCUUUGCUCGUGGAGUUGUGACGAUGCGGUGUGAUAUGGUGACUUGUAGCUCAGCCCACAUCUCAAUAUUGGUGUCUGGUAGCCCUCAUACUUGUUUUGAUGAUCAGCUCUUAGAGAAACAUAUCAAACACGAGAUUAUUGAAAAUAGCCAGUUAGUUCAUGCCAUGUAUGAUUGUGAGGACAACAAACAUCACAUGCACGAGCCUCGAAAAUCUGCUUCAGUUGCCUGUGGGGCAACAGUAUUUGAGGUUUCCAUGAAGGUUCCCGCUUGGGCAUCACAGGUCUUGAGGCAGCUAGCACCUGAUAUGUCGUAUCGGAGUUUAGUUGCACUCGGCGUUGGGGGAGUUCAGGGUUUGCCUGUUGCUUCUUUCGAGAAAGAGGAUGCUGAGCGAUUGCUCUUCUUUUGUUCAAAAGAUGUGAAUGAUAAACAUUCAGAUCAGUUGCUUGUAAGCGUAUUACCCAGCUGGUUUAAGCCACCGCCUCCUAGUAGAAAGAGAGUAGAACCAAGCCAAGGAAUACGGAGCACCCUUUCACACGAUCGUCUUGCAUAUGCAAACAUCCCUUCCAUUAGAAGAGUAGGUAGAGAGGAGCCUGCACCAAUGAAUGGGUUCAAGACACCUUUACUCCCAUCAAGGAAAAGAUUAAAAGUAGCCUCCAUGAGGCCUAUUCCACGCGUGCAUAGGAAUAAAAUGACGUCGUUCUCUGGAUUGACCGAAGCAGAUGGGAACAAUGGAGGACAACCCAAGGCUUGUUUUCCUGUUGUUACCCCAUCAAAGCAUGUAACUGUAGGAUCAACUUCUGCAACACAAAGAAAAUCCUUUUCGAGCUCAUCUCAGUCUAAGCAGAUUAUUUCCUUAAACCCGCUGCCUCUAAAGAAGCAUGGUUGUGGAAGAAACCCAAUUCAAGAUUGCUCAGAGGAGGAGUUCUUGAAGGAUGUUAUGGAGUUUCUACUACUUAGAGGACAUUCACGACUUAUACCUCAAGGUGGACUUGAGGAGUUCCCAGACGCCAUACUCAACGGAAAGCGUCUUGACCUCUUUAACUUGUAUAAGGAGGUGGUCACUCGAGGAGGCUUUCAUGUCGGUAAUGGUAUCAACUGGAAAGGGCAGAUCUUCUCUAAGAUGCAUAACUACACAAUGUCCAACAGAAUGACUGGUGUCGGAAAUACACUGAAACGACAUUACGAGACGUACCUUCUUGAAUAUGAAUUGGCUCAUGAUGAUGUAGAUGGAGAAUGCUGCCUUUUGUGCCACAGUAGUGCAGCAGGGGAUUGGGUGAACUGUGGUAUUUGUGGUGAAUGGGCUCAUUUCGGGUGCGAUCGAAGGCAGGGUCUCGGUGCAUUUAAGGAUUAUGCCAAAACAGAUGGGCUAGAGUAUGUUUGUCCACAUUGUAGCAUUACAACUUACAACAAGAAGAAACCACACAGAGUAGCAAACGGGUCUCCGCAAGGACUAACGAAUCCACCACAGAUACCUUGAUUCAGUUUUGGCCUUCGUCUCGAGGUUUCGGCUGUGCUAUUUUUCCUUUUUGCCUAUUCUUAUAUCGUACAUGAGAAAUUAUUCAUUCCAUGAGCUCGUAGGCGAGUUUUGAUUUGAGAUGGUGUGCUGCUGAAGAGUAAAGAUUAGAGCACACAUGAGAACAGACUUCAUGAUAUAGGUAGCUGUUUAGGAGUUAGGAGUAAAGUUAGCAUUAGGGUGCUGUAAUAUAACUUCUAUUCUUGUAGCUAAGCCAUGACUGAUGUAUUUUAAUGAACAUAGAUAUCUAAUUUACCAUUUUUCAUUGUA